GCGUUUCCUCACUUCGAUUCUUCCAUUUCACGUUGCUGGCAAUACUUUCAUUCUUUUCUUUUAGUGACAGCCGGCUGUCUGUAUCUUGAUCGUCACCGCAACUUCAACUCGCCGACACCGCCCCACAAACUACCCAUCCUUCACACAAAAUGGGGUCUUCUUUCGAUUUCCUCGCGCCAAUCCUUACACCGGCUGCCUUGCGCUCUGUGCAAGCCGAUGGCCGACCGGUCAUCACUCUCUUCCUCGUCAUCUUCGGCCUCUCCAUAUUCGGCACUGUGAUAUGGUACGUCCACUUUGUUACAUCCAAGAUGUAUCCGAAGAAGAAGGACCCGAACGCGAAGCCAAAGAUUCUCGGCUUCAUCUCGCGGUAAUCGGGCACAAAAAAAAGAGGGACGGAGCGCUAGCAACACCUGAUAUCGGCCUGCUUAGGUCCAUGUCAUCGCACGUGGACGAGCACAGUCAUCGCACGCUCAACUUCGGCACGCCACAAAGAUCAACACCACACACCUAUUCAUCGAGUCUACGCACAGGCGGUCGCACUCCACCAGCCUCUUGAUACCCUCCGUCUAGCAGCAAACCUUGUUCGGUCCUCCGAGCCUGACCUGGGCUUGCUUUUUUACUUUCAAAGCUGGUCGCAGGCCGCCCUACAAGCAUCAACCCUUUUUAUCCAUCAAGCGAGCGUCUUGCAGUACUUUCAAGCUUAAUAUAUAUAUAUAUUUUUACCAUGUAACACAUUCAUCCACAUUCA